AUGCCACAACUAGACACUUCUACAUGAUUUACAACUGUCUUAGCUUCCUCUAUUACAUUAUUUAUCUUAAUACAACUAAAAAUCUCAUUUCACGACUUACACAAAAAACCCUCUAAUAAAUACCUAAAACUUUUCAAACCAACAAACCCCUGAGAACAAAAAUGAACGAAAAUUUAUUCUCCUCUUUCAUUACCCCAACCCUAA